AUAUCCCAUGCAUGCUGGGGUUGCAUGGCUCCGUGUGUUUCCGGUGUAGUGAAUGUGUAGAGUAGCAUUCAAGUCUGUCUCUCUUCUUGGGCUGCAGGUCUCGGCAGAACAGUUACUCAGACUCUCGCUUCUUCUUAUCCUGAAUCCCACGGACUGUGCGUGAGACUUUAAACCAACGAGCAUGGCAUCUUCGUCGUCCUCCCAGGCUCAGGCUAACGCUGCCCCGAGUUUGCCGCUGCAGAGGGGAAUAGUAAAGAUGGUGCUGUCGGGAUGUGCCAUCAUCGUCCGGGGACAGCCACGAGGCGGCCCCCCCCCGGAGAGACAGAUCAACCUGAGCAACAUCCGUGCUGGCGCUCUGGCCCGAAGAGCUGCUCAAAACCAGCCCGACACAAAGGACACCCCUGAUGAGCCAUGGGCCUGGCCAGCCCGCGAGUUCCUUCGUAAGAAGAUGAUUGGGAAGGAGGUCUGCUUUACUGUGGAAAACAAGACUCCUCAAGGAAGAGAGUAUGGAAUGGUGUACCUCGGUAAAGAUACUUCUGGAGAGAACAUUGCAGAGUCUCUUGUAUCAGAGGGUCUGGCCACAGUCCGACGAGAAGGGAUAAGAGGAAACAAUCCUGAUCAGGUCAGGCUCUGUGAUCUUGAGGAUCAAGCAAAAGGUGCAAAGAAAGGGAUCUGGAGCGAUGGCAGUGGGUCCCACUCCAUCCGUGACUUGAAGUACACCAUCGAGAACCCUCGGCACUUUGUCGACUCCCUGCAUCAGAAACCUGUAAAUGCCAUCAUUGAGCACGUGCGUGAUGGGAGUGUGGUCCGUGCUCUCCUUCUUCCAGACUAUUACCUGGUUACGGUGAUGCUGUCAGGUGUCAAGUGCCCAACUUUUAAACGGGAGCCAGAUGGCACGGAAACGCCUGAGUCUUUUGCUGCGGAAGCCAAGUUUUUCACAGAGUCCCGCUUGCUGCAGAGAGAUGUGCAAAUCAUCCUGGAGAGCUGUCCAAACCAGGUCAUUCUCGGGACCAUCCUUCACCCGAACGGCAACAUUACUGAACUGCUUCUGAAAGAAGGCUUCGCCCGUUGUGUAGACUGGUCAAUGGCAGUGUAUACCCAGGGAGGUGAAAAACUGAGAGCUGCAGAAAGGUCGGCCAAAGAACGGAAAGUAAGAAUCUGGAAGGAUUAUGUGGCUCCCACUGCUAACCUUGAUCAGAAAGAUAAACAGUUUGUAGCAAAGGUAAUGCAGAUUGUAAAUGCGGACGCCAUCGUGGUGAAGCUGAACUCUGGAGAACACAAGACGAUCCAUCUUUCCAGUAUCAGGCCUCCAAGAAUUGAGGGAGAAUCUAAUCAGCAGGAAAAGAACAAGGACAAAGACAAGAGAUUCCGUCCCCUUUAUGAUAUUCCAUACAUGUUUGAGGCCAGAGAGUUCUUGAGAAAGAAGCUCAUUGGGAAAAAGGUCAAUGUCACAGUAGAUUACAUCAGAGCAGCUACCACUGGCGCAGACCUGGGCACCGGCACUGGUCCAAGUUUUCCAGAGCGCACCUGUUCUACUGUCACUAUUGGAGGAAUUAACAUUGCAGAGGCUCUUGUUAGUAAAGGACUGGCUACAGUGAUCCGGUAUCGUCAAGAUGAUGAUCAGAGGUCAUCACACUACGAUGAACUGCUUGCUGCAGAGGCAAGAGCCAUUAAGAAUGGGAAAGGUUUGCACAGCAAAAAGGAGGUUCCAAUCCACCGUGUUGCAGAUAUUUCUGGGGAAACUCAGAAAGCAAAGCAGUUCUUACCAUUCUUGCAACGUGCUGGACGUUCUGAGGCAGUGGUUGAGUACGUCUUCAGUGGCUCUCGUCUAAAACUUUACAUGCCAAAGGAGACCUGUUUGAUAACCUUUUUGCUAGCUGGUAUUGAAUGCCCACGUGGGUCCAGGAAUACUCCCGGAGGUGUCCAGGAGGCAGAGCCGUUCAGCGAUGAGGCAACACUUUUUACGAAGGAGCUGGUUCUUCAGCGAGAGGUGGAAGUGGAGGUUGAAAGCAUGGACAAGGCUGGGAAUUUCAUUGGCUGGCUUCACAUCGAUGGGGUGAAUCUCUCAGUGGCCCUAGUGGAGCAUGCUCUGUCCAAGGUCCACUUCACUGCUGAGAGGAGCUCCUACUACAAAACCCUGCUGUCUGCAGAGGACUCUGCCAGGCAGAAGAAAGAGAAGAUCUGGGCCAAUUAUGAAGAGCAACCUACAGAAGAGGUAGUCCAAAUGACUGAGGAGAAGGAGCGAAUUGCCAACUACAAACCAGUUUAUGUGACAGAAAUCACAGAUGAGCUCCAUAUGUAUGUCCAGGAUGUAGGAACUGGCACCCAGCUGGAGAAGCUGAUGGAAACCAUGAGGAGUGAGAUUGCUGCCCACCCGCCUGUCGAGGGUUCCUACUCGCCACGCCGUGGAGACUACUGCAUCUCCAAAUUUGCAGAUGGGGAAUGGUACAGAGCUCGAGUGGAGAAGGUGGAAUCCCCAGCAAAAGUUCACGUGUUUUACAUUGAUUAUGGCAAUAGAGAGACUGUACCUUCUACCCGUCUUGCAGCUCUUCCACCAGCUUUCAACAUCCGGACCCUGCCCGCACAAGCUACGGAAUAUGCUUUCGCCUUCAUUCAGGUUCCACAGGAUGAGGAUGCCCGUGCAGAUGUGGUGGACAGUGUUGUGCGAGAUAUCCAGAACACCCAGUGUCUGCUUAAUCUGGAGUAUAUGGUGGGCAGCUGUCCCCAUGUCACACUGCAGUUCUCUGACUCCAAGGACGAUGUUGGACUUGGACUCGUCAAAGAGGGCAUGGUUAUGGUUGAUGUGCGGAAAGAAAAGCACCUGCAGAAAAUGAUCACUGAAUACCUGAAUGCACAGGAGUCUGCCAAGUCUGCCAGGCUGAACAUAUGGCGUUAUGGAGACUUCCGUGCCGAUGAUGCUGAUGAAUUUGGCUACAGACGCUAAAAAUGCCAUUGCAAUGAACUCACUGAAGACAUACUUACACUAAAACAUCAACCUUUUCCUUCUUUGGCAUUCAUUUCUUACGUCUUUCUUCCUCUUUGUGUUUCUUCCUGUACCUCAGUGACUUCUUGCUCCCUCUGGAAACACUUAACACCGCUCUUCUACCUAAAUAGCUGUGGAAGCCACAGGCUGUAUUCUUUAUUAUGUGCUUAUUGCAGUUUUAAUUAGAGGACAGAGGGAGAAGAUGCAUGGAAGAACUAUAAACCCACCAGCUUGCUUUUGCAGAGAAAAUGCUUCCUAAAUGAAAAUAAAAUACAUGUGAAUUUAUAAAAAAAAAUCUAACUUUAUUGGUAAGCCUGCAAACACAGAUUUAAUGAGUCUACUUUUUGUUUUUAUUUCCUUUUUUAAUGUGUAUCUGAAUGUUUAAUGGAAUAAUGAACCUUAGUGUUGAUGCAGGGAGGCUUUUUCUCUUGUGGGAAGAAGCUGCAGACGCCUUGAAUAAUACAUACUUUCUCUCUUCUGUGUUGUUUACAGGUUUACAGUAAUUCCUUUCUCUCUACUCUGUAGCGAACAGUAUUUGAUUUUGUUUUCCCAGGUUGAGCCUUGUCAUUGUAUUUAAAUCUUUCACAGCUUAAUAAAAUUAGCAAAAGAUGAA